GGCCUUGAUUCUAAGUAAACUGGAAUAUGAACAACAGAAACAGGUUCAUUCAGUACACACACACACUAAUAAGGCUUUAUGGCAAAAACAGAGGUGAAGCAGUACCAGCUAGGAAUAAUUAGGGUCUCCUCUACUCUGGAGGGGUCUGCAGGUUCAGGUGGAGGGCUGCAGUUGGCCUGCCUGUCUCCCACCAACUCAGCUGUCUGUGUUGGAAAGGGUUGUAUCUCUUUACCUUCACAUGAAGGGGGGUGGGGGGGUCUCUCACUGUUAAUUCGGCCCAUUGGCCGAUCGUUGAUACAGAGAACCAGGUCUUCUUUGCAUCCUUGGGGGUUGUUGGCUGAAGUCCCUCACAGGGGUUCCAUCAUUGUGCUGGAGGAAUUCAAUGCCCAUGCAGGAAAAAACAGUGGCACCUCUGUGAGCUCAAUCGGCUGGAACGAACCCCCAGCUCUGAACCCGAGAGGUGGCUUCUGUGCAAGUAACGGAUUGUCUAUAAUGAACGCCAUGUUCAGCCACAAGGGUGUCAAUCGUUGCACUUGGCACUGGGACACCAUAGGCUGGAGGUUGAUGAUCUAUAUUGUAUCAUCUGAGCACCAAAUGCUUGUCUUGGACACUCGGGUGAAGAGAGAGGCAGAGCUGUCCACCUAUCACCACCUGGUGGAGCUGGAAGAGGAGGAACUCAGCAGACCCAAUCUAGUAGUGAGGGAACGUCUGGUGGAACCAUCAGUCAGGGCCGUGUUCAACUCCCACCUGCAGGGGAGCUUUAUGCGUCUACAGUAUAAAACAUGGUGGUUUAUUAAAAAAACAAAAACCUUGAUAUGUAAAAACUGGUCAUUUAUAUUCAGCUGAGUAAACUUUGUUGUUGUGAUCAGUAUUAAACACAAAUUACUGAUAUAAAUCCCUGAGGUACUAGUACUUUUCUUUCC